AUGGAUCUCAAAAAGAUACCUGACUCAUUUCAAGCUGAAAAGAUCGCAGCAUUGAAAUCAGAGAUGAGCAAAGUUCUAAAGACUAUAAGCAUUCUAGAAGACCAGCAAAAAAUUGCAGCCGAAGAAAUGGUCGAGAAAAAACUUUUAGAGCUAGCUCAAAGAAGCGGACAAAUCUUGGAUGAGAAAUUCAAUACUCUCAAAGAAGAUUUUCACAGCAAAGUCACACAAAUUUUAACUGAUUUUGAGCAGAAAUCAAGAAAAGGAGCUAAGGAAGUAAAGCAUAUCAUUAGAGGAGACGUCAAAGAAGAAGUUAAUCAUCGCCCUAUUUUUGUCGAAAAAGUUCAUGUAAAGCAGUCUGCUCCGAUUUCAAAGCUAUUGUACAGCAAGGACUUUCAAACAGUCUAUAAUAUUUUUAUUGCGAUACUCGUAAACUUUGGAGUUGCAGAGCUCGCUAAAGAUCUCUUAGAUAGUAUAGCCCUUGAAUUUUUUAAGAUCGUUAUUGAGCAUCCAUUUUAAUUUUUAAAAUUAAUUUGACUUAUCAUUAUUUUAAAAAGUAAAAAUGAAGAGAGAAAAAUCUCUGUUUUAUCGUUUUAAGAUGCCUAAUCAGGCUUAGACUGCAUAAAAUCGGUUUUUCUGGGACAUAUUUUUCUUAUUGGCGUUCUGCGGGUAUAGCGAUCUAUUAUGGUACAUUAUAUAUACUGAUGUGCUAGGGCUUAAUCUUCUUUCUGGAAAUUUUGGAGGCUUCGACAGAGUAAUUGUGAUGUGGAUUUCAAUGUCUAUUUGGAGCUACUGGCCUGUGAUUUUAGUCCAGCUAAUUUCGGGUGGGUUGUCUCUAUAUUUAGGAUUUUUGCUGCAUUUUGCAUCAAUAGCUUCUAUUUUUUGGUUCGCAAUCCAUUCCAGACAAGUCUACCAGCUGCCGAUUUCAAGCUCAUUUGUGGUCCUAUGCGAAAUGAUCCGCUUUAUAAUGAAAAUGCAUUCAUAUUUUAGAGAAAAAUUACUUUAUGGAAAUGGCCGAAAUAGAUACUCAAGCUACAUCCCUUCACAUAUAGAAAAUCUAGGCUACUCUGAAAAGGAUAUUCAAAGACCCCAAAUAAACCUAAAAGACUUCGCUAAAGAAUUCAAAAGUUAAGUUUGGGUUAUUAAAGACAGACGUUAGCUAUAUUAGUGGCGCAGUCAUCAAAGACCUUCCAUAUGAGAGGUUUGACCGCUUUUCGACACCAGCCUAGAGGGUCUUUCCCCCAAUAAUGGAUGCCACUUCCCGAACCUUCUGUCUCUUCCUUGCCUUGUAGCUCUAGUAUUGAGUGGGCAGCUUGUAGAUUUCUGCAGCCCUACCUCGGGUGAUUGGAGGAGCUUGAUUUCAAGGAUCCUUGGAGUCUAUCGGGUGCUAAAGUGCAUUACUUCAACAGCUAAAGAAAAAAGACUAUCUCCUGUGGCCAGGACCGAAACCCCAGCUUCUCGGUAGAGGAAUAACGUUGAUCCUCGGAUCCAAAAAGACGCUGUUGGCGCUCCAUUUGCAACCACAGGAAAGCGGCCAAAACCUCCCAGGCACACAUUUCUUAAGCCUGCACUUGAUUCUUGGCUCAGAAUUCGUCCCAGUUCACCGUUGUCAUAAGGUCUGAACUGUUGCGCCAAGACAUGCACAAUUUUAAUGUAUAUAGAAUUCAAAAGGUACACUUAUUUCUUAUAUGUUCCGACCUUAAUUUAUAGAGACUCUUAUCCAAAAAUUGACAAGUCUAUUAGAUGGAGAAACCUUGGAGUCCACGUUUUUGAUUUCUUUGGAAGCAUUGUAUACACAACACUAAUUUUCAAAGCAUUCUGUGUCCCUACCUUUAAAGAAGCUUCAAAUAAUAUAACUGACCCAAGCAAGCUUAUCAUUUCUUGGAUUCAGUCAAUGCUUCCUGGGACUUUUGUAUUUCUUUUGCUAUUUUUCGCAGUCAUGCACUCGUGGUUUUCAAUUUGGGCUGAGAUACUGAAUUUUGCGGAUAGGAAAUUUUAUGAUGAUUGGUGGAAUUCCAGCGACUUUGGGACAUUUUAUCGAAAAAUAAGCGUCAUUCUUUAUGAGUGGGUGCACAGCUAUAUUUUUAUUGAUUUAAUGAGAUUUUCAAAUGAGUUUAUAGGUAAAAAACUAGCUCGCUUUUGUGUAUUUUUAUUAAGUGGGAUCGUUUGCGAAUUACUGAUAGAUUUAUCCCUUGGAUUCUUUUCUCCAUUCUUGUUCAUAUUAAUAAGCGGCCCAGGGCUACUGAUGAUUUCAAUGAAGACACAAUCAUCAAGAUUAUAUAACAUUAUCGUAUGGGCUGGGCUCAUCAUUGUAAAUGGUCUGAUAAUUAUGCUGUAUUCUCUCGAAUACUAUUCUCGCUCUGGCAAUUCCUACAUUGAUCCAUUUCCAGCUUACGGUUUAUUUGGCUAUUUAAUUCCUCAAUGGACUCUUAAAAUGAAUUUACUCUCAGUUUAA